AUGCUUCCCCUCGUUGCUGGUACCGUUGUCGAUUCACCCAACGAUCCAAUCCCAAAGAAAUGGGAGAAGGCUCUACCCAUGACUUGGGAUAACACCGAAAUCAUGAUGACGGCCAUGUUCCCAGAUGGACCUGGCUUCACAAAGUAUCACAACUGGGCUCUUGACCAGAUCAUGGAUGGUAACGGCACUGUCAAUGUUUGUAUGAGAUGGAACUCAGACAAGGUUCUCGAUGAGGAGACCAGAAACAACAUCCACGCCCAGCACGUCCAGCAAUAUGAGCAGUGGCUCCAGUGGCUCCCAGGCUGGGAUAACUUCCCCUUCAAGGAGGUCAAGCACAAUGUCAUCGCAUGGGCUGUGGCCAACGACAGCCAGUUGGUAGGAAACCGCGAUGGCUUCCACGUCUACACCGAGUUCAAGGACGAAAAUGGAGCGCCUGACUGCGAUCCCGGUUGCUCAAGACAUCUGCACCAGGAUGGUGACUUUUCCAAGUGUGGCCGCGGUGCCGAGAAUCGGUACCAGCAGUACUUCCUAGUCGAUAAGGCUUGGGGUGACUACAACAUGGGCGCUGCAUCAGGCGAAGGUAUCACAGUCAGCGAGUAUGGAUGGGAUCAUGUCGGAAGCCAGCUCGGCAACUGGUCUAUUCUCGUUCAUGAGACAGGUCACACCUUUGGCCUCCGCGACUACAUCAACGACCACAGCAACACAACUGACAUCUGUUCCAUCAUGUGGCUUCCUCCCAACCUCGAAUCGCAGAUGGUCAUGGAGCCUACGGACCAGGGCGCUCAUAUCCCCAUGCUCAGUCAUUAUGAGGGCUGGCUUAAUCGUUACUUGUGGUCUCGCUUCUCUCGACUUCGAGGCUGGCAGGAGGAUGGAACUACAUACCCACCUACCCCCAAGUGCCCUCCUGGGUCGUCCAAAUAG